AUGUCUUUAUCAUUUAAUCAUUUACUCAAAUGGUUUGAAUGCACCUGGGCACCUUACAGCAAUAUGAUUUUAGAGAUAAUUUGCAAAAAUAAGCUUAAGCUCCUAAAUUGUGAAAUUGAUUAUUUAAUUUUAAAAUUAAAUGAAUGCGACAUAGUCAAAACAAGUUUUGAAAAAUGAGACAGCCUACCGAUUCAUAAAUUUGAAGAAUUUUGCUUACUUUGGGUGCUAGUUUUAAGGAAUAAAGAUCGCUAUCAAAAUUUUAUUACAAAAUAUGCAUGCAUAGCAGAUAUAGUUAGGUGCAAAAUUGAAGGAUUUAUUGGUCUAGCAGAUAAGGAAAUAGCAUCAUUUGUUUUGUAUUGGAUUUCUUUGCUAAAUGAUAAUAAAGCCAAUAGAGAUGAAGCCACAAUCAACUAUGGGAAAUAUAUUGACAACGCUUUUAACAAUGUUAAAACAAGGUGCACGCUUGAUCUUAUUAUGAAUUUAAGAGCAAUAAUAGAUAACUGUGAAUUUAAAAAGGAUUUAUUUAUAGAAAGAUUAUCUGAUUUGUUUCCUUUAUCUAAUCAAAAGCUGAUCCUAAAAGUGUUUUCAGUUGACAACAACUUUUUGGAACUGUUUACAACCCAUUAUUUGACAUACUUUGACUCUUUUUCUAACAGAGCGUAUCAACUCAGGGUUGCUUAUGUCCUCAAAUUAAUAACUAUUUACAUUAGCCAUCAUAGAAAAUUUUUUCAGCCAUCAAUUUUAGAAAAUCUUGAUGAAAAAAUAAAAAUUGAAAACUUUUGACAUGAUGAAAAAUAUAAGAUAAUACUGAAAAAUCUGGCAGAUACUCACCUUGAAACUGGAAUUAUAAUUCAAAAUUCUUAG